UAAAAAUAUAAAAAGAAAAAUGAAAAAGGUAUUAAUAUUAUUUACAUUACUAAUUCUAGUAAUUUCACAUUCUUAAAAAAAUAUUACGCAAAAACAAUUAAAAAAAACUAAAAAGAUAAGAGUCAGAAAACUUAAUUAAUAUUCCGUUAAAAAAAGCUGAACUAACAAAACACUAAAAGCACAGAAUGAUAUAAUUAUUGUCAACUCACUAAUAUUAUACUAUAUCUCAUUCAGACUCUUUAGCAUCUUAAUUAUUUUAAGAAGAUGAUUCAAAAAAAAAUACAAAUAAAAAUACAUAAGAUUCUAAAUCUAAUUAAUUCAAUUUGAAAUUAUUUAAUUUCUAAAAUGUAUAAUACACUGGACCCUUAUCUAUUGGUGAUCCAGAUAAUACUUUCGAAGUGAUAUAUGAUACCGGUUCUGCAAAUAUUUGGAUAGAUUCAAAAUAAUGUAGUGAUAUAGGAUGCAGAAACAGAAAAUAAUAUGAUCAUUAGAAAUCUAGUAAUUAUCACGCAAUAAAUUUAUAAUUAGAUGUAUAAUUUGGAACAGGAGAAUUAAUAGGUAAUUUCAGUUAAGACACAGUUUACUUUGGAGGUGUUGAAAUUGAAAAAUAGGAUUUUAUAGAAAUCCAAAAAUAAAUUGGAGCAGUAUUUUAAGAUGCUAAAUUUGAUGGAAUUGUUGGUUUAGCUUUUCCUAGUAUGGUUGCCUAUAAUAGAAAUUCGCUUUUUGAUAAUCUUGCUAAGUCAAAAAAAAUUUCGAAAAAUAUUAUUUCUUUUUACAUGAGUAAUAAUGCUGGAAGCUCAGAUUCUUAAUUAACUAUUGGCGGUUAUGAUAAAAAUAAGGUGCUUGGAUAAAUACAUAGUCAUAAAAUUGUGAAAUAAUAUUAUUGGAUCUUCAAAGCUGAUAAUAUUUUAGUAGGAAAAAAAGACAUUGGAUUAUGUAAAGGUGGAUGCUAUUUAAUUGCUGAUACUGGUACUUCUUUAAUUACAGGACCUUCGGAUUCUAUCUAUAACUUGUUAAAUCACCUUAAUGUUAAUGAUAAUUGCUCUAAUAUGAACAGUUUAGGCGAUAUUACUUUUAUUGCUGAUGGCGUUGAAUAUAAUUUAAAACCUGAAGAAUAUAUUCUUAAGGACGAUGAUGCUGAAAUGUUUGUGGAAGCUUCAAUCAGAGCUGGAAAUACUAUGAAAAAUAAAUCUGCUUCAUGUAUGGCUGGAUUCAUGCCUUUGGAUAUUCCAAAUGAUGAAGAUGAUGGAUUUAAAUAUGAAAAAGCUUGGAUCUUGGGAGAUAUUUUUCUCAAGAAAUAUGUUUCUAUUUAUGAUAGAGAUAAUAAUACUGUUAGCUUUGGUGUUGCUAAUCACUCAUCGAUAUGAAAAUUC